UUGGCUCACCCUCCGAAGAUGAAGGCUUUUCUGGUCAUCCUGCUGGCUGCCGUCCUGUGCACAGAGCCAGGUGGUUCUUUGAAAUGUUACACGUGCAAGACGCAGCUCAGCAACUCCAACUGUCAGACGGAGACGACGUGUGCCAACACCUCACAAAUGUGCAAGACGGAUGUGAUCAACGUCGUGGGCCUUUUCAGUGUCAUCAACAAGGAGUGUGCUGCGUCGUGCGAGCCGCGCUUCCAGGACUUCAGCGUGGGAAAGCAGAACGUUUCCUGCUGCAGUACCGACCUCUGCAACCGCAACGGGGCAGGCAGCGUGAGCAGCAGCUACGCCGCCAUGGCAGCAGGGCUUUCCGCCAGCGUCCUCUGCGUCCUUCUGAGGAACGGGUUGUGA